AUGCCCGGGGCGAAGCCGCUGCGCGUCGCCGUGCUGCUGAGCGGCGGCGUCGAUAGCUCCGUCGCGCUGGCGCUCUUGCGCGCCGCCGGCCACGAAUGCGUCGCGUUCUAUCUUCAGAUUUGGUUUCAGGAGGACUUUCGAAACACGUGGGAUCAGUGCCCGUGGGAGGAGGAUCUGCGCGUGGCGGAGUCGGUGUGCGAGCGCGUGGGCGUGCCGCUGGAGACGGUGCCGCUGACGGAUGAGUAUUGGAACUUGGUGGUGAAGGAUAGCGUGGAGGAGAUACGCAAAGGGCGAACGCCGAACCCAGACGUGUUGUGCAAUAGUAGAGUGAAGUUUGGGGCGUUUCGCGAGUGGCUGGCGCGAACGCAUCCCGGCGAGUUUGAUCGAGUGGCGAGCGGGCACUACGCGGCGGUGGAGCGCGCCGACGUUGGAGAGCUGGCGAGGUUGGUGAUGUCAGGCGAUACGUUCAAAGAUCAAACGUACUUUUUGGCGGAUUUGAGUCAAGAGCAACUCGGAAGCGUGUGCUUUCCGGUGGGGGGUAUGCCGAAGGCAGAGAUUCGCGCGUUGGCUGCGUCGGCCGAGUUGCCGAACGCCGGGCGCAAGGAUUCGCAAGGGAUUUGCUUUUUAGGAAAGGUCAAGUUUAGUGAGUUCAUCGCAGAGCAUUUAGGGGAGAUGCCGGGUGAUAUCAUAGAAGUCGAGUCCGGAAAAGUGCUCGGCAAGCAUCGCGCGUAUUGGUUUCACACCAUCGGUCAGCGGAGCGGACUCUUUCUGCACGGCGGUCCGUGGUACGUCGCGGGCAAAGAUUGCGUUAAUAACAUCGUGUACGUCACGCGUGAUUAUUAUUCGCUCGACAAAGCGCGCGAUACUUUCACCGUGGCGGGUUUCAACUGGAUAUCCGGCCAAGAACCACCGUUGGAGAGCAUCGAAGGUUUGCGCGUCAAGGUUCGUCACGGCGAAAACAUUUACGCGUGCUCGUUCCAAUUCAAAGACGUCGACGGCGAGCGGUGCGGAGAGGUGAAUAUAGGCCAGGACGACCAAGGCUUAGCGCCCGGGCAAUAUGCGGUGUUUUACGACGGCGACACGUGCCUGGGAUGCGGUAAGAUUCUCGAACCAAACGUCGGCGCCAUCGGCUUGGUGCCCGCUUCCGGCGAACGCCUCGACGCGACGACGAGCCCGAGCGCGUAA